UCCUGUUGUGCGAUGCGUCGCUGAUCUGCAUUUUUUUCUGCAUACAGGCUAUCCUUGAUAGAUUCGUCGUCUUUCGUUCUUGAUACAACGUUGUCGCCGGCAGAUAAUGUUGAAUUGAGCUCAAUUAUUGAACGAAUAGUAUAAAUGGUUUUGGAACAUUCCUGGAAAACAAUCAUGUAUCGAUCGAAGGACUUGUUUAUAGAUCUUAUGAAUUUCAUAUAGUAAUUCUGUUGGACUCCAUUCAAAAUUAUCUAAAAUAGCACGGGUGCAGUACAGGUGUGUCAUCAUGGAACCUACAGGCUCCACCUUGGACAUGCAGAUGAAGAGUGUUGAGAGGAGUACAGUGUUUCUCAGACAGGAACAUCUCACCCUACUGCAUGGCCUACACCUGGAGAUCCUGUCCUUGCAGAAACGAUGCACCGAGUUGACAUCUGAGCUGAAUGUGAAGCCUCCAGGCAAGAGUGAACUGGACCUGGCGGAGGAGGAAGAGCAACUGGAGGCCCGCUGUCUGGAGGUCGAAGAUCGCCUGGCCGAGCAGCAGUGCACCCUGGGAGAGCUGCGUAAAGAGCUGACUCACAAGGGGGCGCUGGUAGGCGCUCUGCGGGCUAACCUCAAGGACAAGGAGCGCCGCUUCCUGGACGAGCUGAAGAGCCGCAGCCACCGCUCCACGGUGCUCAACACAGAGCUGCAGAAGCAGACCGAGGCGGCAGCCUACCUCUCCUUCCAGCUGCACGCCGCCCGCCAGAAACUGCACCACCAGAGACUGCAGCAGAGGCAGCAGGCCCUCAGGGAGAACCGGGAGAAUAGGGAUCAUCAUGGGAAACCCCCUGGGCUCCAGUACAGCCAAGCAGCCGAGUGGGACACCGCCACCUUUUCUCCAUUUUCUCCUCAGUCGCCCUCCGGUUUCUCCAAUGCCUCCAACGCCAGCUCCGCCAUAGCCUCCCCUGUGGUAAAGCCUAAACGCAGGGGCAGCAGGGCCACAUCAGGGCACCAGCUCCGGGCGGAGAGGGCCAGGGAGUGUGUCCCCCAGGAGAAGGUGAUGGGCCCCGCAGAGCCCACCGCCAUGCCUGACCCAGCGCUGUUCCUCCACCCUCACCGCAGGCACCACAGGUCCAGGGCCAGGCAUUCCCACUCCCCGGCCCACAGACAGCCUCCUCUGGUGGGGGAAAGAGGGGAGGAGGAGGGGGGUGGAGAGGGGCCAAUGGAGCCCCAGGGUGGAGCUCCUCCUAGAAUGGCAGCCACGGCCACAGCGCCACCUGCUGGCUGGUCAGACCAAGGCUGAAUAGCUAGCCACACUGUGACCAUCCCUAGAAAUGCAUCAUCAUUACUAUCAUCAUAAUAAUUGUCAUCAUCAUCCCUAUGACCGUCUGAUUUUAUUAAUACUGUAAAUUGCCCAUUGUCCUACACCUUGAUCGAAUUGAUUCUGAAAUGAAUAUAGCAUUGUUGAUUAUAAUCCUAUUAACUCUAAUGACUGGUAUUUAGAUGUAUUGCUAUAAUGAACACUUUUUAUAAUUAUACAUUUUGACAUGACCUGAAUUAACUCAAACUCCCAGGUGUACGAACACCCAAAGGGGGUUGUUGUUACUAAUCACUUCACGUCAAUGUGUGGAAUCAUGUAGUUGAAUGCAUUUACACUGGCGUCGCUCUAUAUAACGUUAUUAUGGGGCCUUAUCCGAGUGUGGCGUCCUUUGUGGAGGUUAGUUUAACCUAUGACCUACCUGUAGCCUUAGACCACAGCACCUACUGUGCAAUUACCUUACCUUACUGUGUCGUUUUAGGGCCAACCAUAAAUCAACACUGGGUCACCSUUGUAGAGAAAAUGUGACUGACCUCUGUUGCGCUGAGUCACAGUUGGGUAGCGUUUGAGCAUCUGCAUCUGUGUAUGUCCUUGCUGUGAACACGAUUGAUUUUCAGAUCUUCAUUGUUGGCCUUCACUGGCAAAGGUCCCACAGGUCCAAGCGGGGUAGUCAUGCCGUCCUAUCCCACGGAAUCUUUCUUUAUUCCAUUGGUCAUACAAUAGGUAGGCCUACAGCACACUAUAUAUGUUAUACAAUAAUUGAAAGUAACAUUAGUUCACUGGCCUGACACAAAAAUCUUAGUGGGUUUCAAAUAAAAUGUGCCUCUGAACUUUAAAAAAAACGAAAAACAUAUUAGAGCCGAUGUCACAAAGUGCUAUACAGAAACCCAGCCUAAAACCCCAAAC